AUGUCAUUUGAAGAGAGUGGGAAGCUCUUCGGCUUCUCAUCGACUUCAGUGGGCUUUGGAUCAGGCCUUGGACAGGUAAACGGCAAGAAACAAAAAAUGGACACGUGGAUAUUCUACCCGUUGUUAGGAGAGAUUACAAAUCCAUCCCCACCUCUGGAAUCAUCCUGGUUAUCUAGUAAUCGGUCUGUGUGUGGAGAUGAUACCAACACACCAACUUCUUUCCAGUACUGCACAAAAGAAAGAGCACAGAUAAGUCUGUUUUACUCUGGCAGUGGCCCAGAGAUGUUUAGGCUAGUGUCGAGCACCCUAGAUGAGGCACACAAGCCAGACCCAGUUACAGAUUGGAAUUAUCUGUUGAGAUUGUUUUCCCCUAUGUUGGCAUCUGACACUGGAAACAAUGGUGACUUGUCAGGUCUGUCUUCUGAGCACUGUUUACAAAGAAAAGAUUUUCCAAACCCGACUGGCACACGGGACUGUUACCAAGGACACUUGCAAAAGUUAUCUGCUGUGGAGAUACACAGAGUGUUUGACGACCAUCUUACAGAGUCUUUGCUUUCUCCUUCUGACCCUUAUACUCAGCCAUCUGCUGGGAUCUUGAACAUUUAUCCUGAAAAUCCUGCUUUUGAAAAGAAUGCCAUCUUUCAGCAAGAAGGAUUAGCGUUUCAGAAUGUACAGUUUAAUCAGCAUGUGUGCAAUUAUCAUAAGAUGAACUUAAAUGGAGACCAUGAAAAGAAUUGCUCUGAUUUUAGUUAUUUUUCUUCUCAGUUUCGAAUGAAAGAUGGCACUGGUAUUCAGAAAGAGUAUUGGGAAACUGACCAAGCAAGAGGCAAACCUAUGAAAAAUGACGAACAAGCGCAAGCAAAGUACUCCAAUGAUUUAUCUAGUCCACCUACUAAUGGCACAUGGGGCGAAGUGUUCCAGGACAAUCAUCUGGUUUCUAAAAGAUAUGAAAAUUUUACAGCUUCUCAUAAAUCACAGCCAUCUAGUCACCCACCGCUUUAUUUUUUCAAUCAACCAUUUACUAAAGAAAAUCGUUUUCCUGGAGGAACAAAUAGAAACCCACAGGAAGCUCACAUGCAAAAUGGCCAGAAUAGCUUCAAUUUGGGGGAAACCUGUAAUAACAUUGAAUAUAAGAGCCAUAUGAAUCCUAAAGAAUGCUCUCGUAAAUCUUGUGACUAUCAUUUACUUCUGACAACUGCUCUACAAAAUAGAAAUUUUCAUUUGUCUUACCGUGGCCAUACUACUUUCUCAUUAAUGUCUGAUUUUAAGCAAAAUGGCCUAUUUUGUGAGGAAUCAAGUGCACCAUACUUUGCCUUUCCAACUCCUUUUAAGUAUAGGCCUCGAAGAAAUUGCCUUUGGCCUGCUAAUGAGAUUGUUAUUCAACUGGAUAAGUGUUAUCUACAGAGCAGAACUCUGAAGGAGGAGAGGAAAAAGAUUGAAGCUGAUCUUGCAAGAGACUUUCCAGGAGCACGAAGAUCUCGCUCAGAUAAGACUCCUGUUUUCCGACUUCCUGCUAACCCUUCAGGAGUGGAUCAUUUGAUUGGGUACCAGUUAUCAGAACAGGCCAGAGUGCUCACCUUAAUAAGAAAAAUGGAAAGGCUUCAUGGUACUCCUGUCCAUGAGAAUAUACCCAAAACUUUAGAACGUCAUUUGGAAGCUAUUCAUGUUACACAAGCGAGGCGGAAAGAUGAGAUUCAUAAUGCUGCUAAUCCACAGAGACAAGGAGCAUCUUGUUAUAAUAAUGAAAAGGAUGUUCUUGCUCUGGUAGCUGCCAUUAAAGGGUUAGCUGUUUCCAUACGCAAGGCUCGUACUGCUUUAUGGUGUGCCCUGCAGAUGACACCAAAAACCUCCUUAAGCACGGCAGUGAAACAGAAGGGGUUGAAAGGAAACAGCACACAAGAAAAAAAUAGUGCAGAUCCUGAAGACCAGGGAAGCAAAAAAGAAAAACAUGAGAAACCAAUGCAGAUUUCUGAAUAA